CCUUACACUUAGAAUUUCUCCCUUUAACUUUUAUCCUAAGUUUUUUCGCCCUUAUCAAUUGUGCCUUUGCGUAGCUGUCCUUCGCUGUCGUUUAAUAAUUAAUAUAUAAGUAUUUGUAUGUAUUUUCAACAUAAUGUUCACGACUACCGGUUCGAGAGGGCUGUAUAAAGCUCCAGUUUCCAAAAGCUUGCUUCUGAUUCCCAGUGCUCUGUCUGUCGUGCUGACUGUGGUCUUGCCCCAAUACCAAAGUCUGUUUGUGUAUAGUCUUCAAGCAAUAAAGCAGGACAAACAGUUCUGGAGGCUCCUGUCUGGAAGGCUGAUCUGUUUGGACUUGAAGGACACGUUCUGCAGCGGCCUGCUCAUUUACAACUUUCGCAUUUUCGAGAGGAGGUUCGGCAGUCGCAAAUUCGCCUCCUUCCUGUUCGGUACCUGGGUACUCUCUGCUGUAGUGGACUUCCUGCUGAUAGAGGCUUUGCACUUCCUGUUCGAGCUUCAGGUGGACGUGCUGCCAGCGGGACUGCUCGGCCCCGUCUUUUCUCUCUUCGUGCCUUUCUAUUCCUCUAUCCCACGGGUCCAGGUCACCCAGAUGCUGGGACAGAUCUUUAUCACCAACAAAUCCCUGGUCUACAUCGUGGGCCUGCAGUUGUUGACCUCAAGCGCCUUUAUGUGGGUCAUUGCUCUUAGUGGGUUGAUCUCAGGCCUGCUCUACUACGCCGACGUCCUGGCCGUGCAGCGGUGUCUCUCAGUGCCUGCCUGGCUCGCCCGAUUCGCCUCUCUUCUCCUGGAGCCCCUCUUUUCGGGCGCCGAGCCCACCACGGAGGCGCCGGUCGGCAUGGGUGCCACCUUGGACAUUCAACGCCAGCAGAGGAUGGACUUGCUAGACCAGCAGUUGCUCUUGUCCCAACUUGCGCAGUUCAGAAGAAACACCCAACAACCACAGGUAGGCGGGGCUUUCCUGCUGAAUUGGAACAGGUUCUUCCCGUCCCUACGCCAGAGAGCGCCGAAUCGUCCGGCGGCGCCCCCCCGCCCACGCCCCCUGGACAACACCCCCGUCGCUGAAGAGCAGGUUGCCAGAUUGAUGGAGAUGGGUUUUUCCAGAGUGGAUGCCCAAGAGGCCCUCCGCGCGUCCAACAAUGACAUCAACAUGGCAACAAACUUUCUGCUCCAACACUGAUGCUGAUGCAACUAGUGAGGAAAGUGAGCAACUGGGGCGACAGAGAGAUUAAGAGAAAGAGACGAAAUAGGAAAGCGAUGUAGAGACAAAGAUGAGGGGGAAAAAAGAGAGAGAGAGAGAGAGAGAGAGAGAGAGAGCGAACAGGAGACAGCUAGUCACUGUCAUCGUGGGGCGUCAUACCUAAAGUGGAUAAAACUGAAGUUACGACACGGGUGUCAGGAAACAUCGGGGUGGAUGUAUAGACCAUACAUCCAGAGUUCAGGAAGGACUUAUCCGGAACUAAGUGCAUCACGUCCUGUCUGAUGCUCCUUGAUUGGAAAAUGAAACGCUGAGGCAGUUGCUGCUGCUGCUGCUGCUGCUGCUGCUGUUUCCUGCCGUGCUUCCGGGAGUCGACCUGACCCGCCGUAAACCGAGCACUCUACGAGUGAAACCGAGAGCCGAGAUGGUUGAAGAUCAUCACUCACAUUGAUAACUCAGGGCUUGUGUUGUG